UGUAAAUAUUUAACAGAUGGAUGUGAUUUUUGUGACGUGUAGUAUUCUCACAGUAAGCCGUAUUGUGUUUCGUUCUAAAAGUAUUGAUUUAGGCAAAUUUAGUGAUAGAAGAAAUUAGCUACUCAGCUAGCGUCCGCUGAAUCGGCCAGUUAUCGUUAUAAGGGUGAUGUGUUCGACCGGUUAAGGGUAAAUGUACUUCUCCCUUCUACCCAACGGUUAGUUAAAUUGGCUGUUAGUAAUGACCGGUCUAAUUUUAUGUCAUUUGGGAAAAUAGCUAGGUAUCUGGCUCGUUUUCGUCCGAAUUGCUAUGGCUGGUCAGGCGGUGUACAGUGAUGUUACGGCUCUGAGCGAAAAACGGAUUGGAUUCGCGUUUCAGUUAAAAGAAUAGUUACUGUUCACGACAUUUACGUUGUGUAUUAUAACUAGAUGGCUAGUUAUCGGGUUGAAACCUUCCUUUGUAGGGACAGUCGCCUAGCAUUAGGUUUGGUUAACAUGGUCAGCGAUUAAAUGCCCUUCCGGAAGCGCGCCGAUCCUGUCGGGAUGCGGCACUGCGCUGGCUCGAGGCUCGGUGGGACACCGGCCUGUCAUCAGAUCCAAGCAGUCCAGGGUAAAUAAGGUGUUUAAUAAUGCAGCAGGCGUUCUGUUUAGUAGUCGGUGUAUGGAAAAUUGUAUGGAUUGGAUGGAGAGGUUGUGCGUUGAUGUUUUAAGUAUGGCAUUUUAUGCGCAGUGGAAGCUGUUUGGAUGUACCAUUUUCGUAUCCUGUAUUAUGGGAAACGUGAAUUCCGGGGCAUUUCAAACGACGUAUUUGUAUGUCAGUUGGAAAGUUUGCAAACUGUUUUGUCGAGAGUCAGUUAAUCGUGGUAACAUUAUACGUAAUGUUGUAGAGCAAGGAUUUUGGGUGUGUGCAUGGGUGUCUCCGCGCCUUGGGCAAACUACUUAUAACUAAUUCCACCACAUCAGGGUUGCAGCUUCCAUGCAUUCACGCCGGGGAAUAGUAAGCAGCCAUCUGUGUUGGACGCCUUUGGAGGGGCGAUCUGUUAGCUGACGGAUAAAUCGGUUCGCUUCGAGGCAGAUGUAGCUGUAGGCGGUGGGAAGUCAUCCAGGCAGGAAUAGCAAGGCGUGUAGAGAUUUGUGAGGAAACCUGUGAAUCCGGGUGAGGAAACGAGCUGGGUGUCGGGGGGAUGGGGUGCGGCCGACAAGGCCAGUCAUAGCCAAACUCCUCGGAGUGCAUUUCCUGUGAACUGAGCUUUGACUCAGAAAGGAAUUGUGCUACUACAAUUGGUAAAUACGUAAUGCCGGAAUGGGCCUCUUAGUAUGUAUCCCCUUAAAUGUAUUUAUACAGUAAAUUUCAGGAAAGAGGCACCCAUACUGAAAGUGUGAAUCAUUGCACACCGACCUUUUCUUCUACUUGUACCAGGCAGACAUAUGGAAUGUUAAAUGGUAUAUCUUUCAUUGAUCGCAAUAAGCAGGAACAGUGCCCAAAGGUUUCAGCACUUUAAUACCACGCCCUAUGAGUGUUGCUUUUUAAAAACACUAAAUUGUUGAAAGGAGGCUUUUUUUUUCCCCUUCACAUUUUCACAAAUUAAAUUGGACUGGCAGCUUUAGUCCUCUUGAGCCACAGCAACAUGUUUAUAUCGCUUUUUAAAAAUACCAUUGAGAGCUGCUGAAGUGACUCGCAAUAAAAAAUGGUAACAACCAGAAUGUGGCUCAUCUGGAAGGAUUGCUGUUCACACCAAGAUUGAAUGAGAAGUGUGCAUCCCGGAGGAAUACAGCUAUGCAGACUAUUAAGUGUGUUGUAGUAGGCGAUGGUGCUGUUGGUAAAACCUGCCUUUUAAUCUCAUACACUACGAACAAGUUUCCAUCUGAGUAUGUACCAACGGUCUUUGAUAAUUAUGCCGUAACGGUUAUGAUUGGAGGUGAACCGUACACCUUAGGAUUAUUCGACACUGCAGGUCAGGAAGAUUAUGACAGGUUAAGACCUCUGAGCUAUCCCCAGACUGACGUCUUCUUAGUGUGCUUCUCGGUCGUUUCACCCUCUUCCUUUGAAAACGUUAAGGAAAAGUGGGUACCUGAAAUCACUCACCACUGUCCAAAGACCCCGUUUCUGCUGGUGGGAACGCAGAUUGACCUGAGGGAUGACCCCUCCACAAUCGAGAAGCUCGCCAAAAACAAACAGAAGCCCAUCACCCCCGAGACGGCCGAGAAGCUGGCCCGUGACCUCAAGGCCGUGAAAUACGUUGAGUGCUCUGCCCUCACGCAGAAAGGACUGAAGAAUGUGUUUGAUGAGGCGAUUCUGGCUGCCCUGGAGCCACCGGAGCCCAAGAAGCCGAAAAUCGGCCUGCACAGAUGUGCGCUGCUCUGAUCGUCUCCCCUAGCAUUUCCUCCGAGGGCUAAAGGCCGCAUUCAUAUUCCAUAGCAGGGCCUGAUGGGCUGGUUUUCAGCACAUUAGACUUCGAAGCAAUUAAUUCCUUAACUGAGGUAAUUUAGCCUCUCCUCUCUGUAGCAGCAUUGUUAGUGGAUUAGAAGAGAUCUUAAAAACCUGUACAUUUCCAGACUUUUAGCAUUAUGAUGGGUAGACAUCUUUAAACCUCUUUAAACAGUCCUGGGGGGCUUCAUUGCGUGGAAUGUAGCAUUACUAAGAAAUAUUAAAGAACAAUUAAUUAAUUUCCAAGUUGGUAUUAUAAUAUAAUGUAAUUUGUUAACUGCUCAUUUAUUUUGUAAUUCAUUUAAUCCUUCAUUGGUGCUGAACAAAUUUACCCCAAUGAAUCUGAAUAAAAUAUUUACUAUUUCAACAGUUUUAUUCACUCGGUUGUAUCUGUAAUACUGAAACAAUUAUUUUUUUACGGAUGUGUAUCCUGCUUCUCUUAUUAGCUACUAUAUCCAACUCGCAUUUAAUUUUAAUUAACAGUUAAACUUUAAGAGGCAAAGAGAGUGGGUCCCCCAGGACGUAUUUGAGAAUUGCUCUCCUAACUCGUAUUUAAUUUAGAUAUUAGAUAUCGCAGCCCAUUGAAGACAGGAAAUGACUCACUACAUAGCAGUGAGGAUGAAAGUGGGGAGAGCUGGCUGAUGAGGCGCCGUGAGGCUUGUCCUGUAAUGUACUGGAAGGAUAGUGAUGUCCUGACUGUGCCCUCCCAGUUCCAUGUUUCCCGCAUCGGCGGGUACGCCAGCCUUCCAUGCCCCUGAGCUUUUCAUUAGCUCCGAUUAGCUUUUGGUAAAAGGAAUUUGCGCAAGCGGUUUAGCUAUGGACAUUAUCACUGGGCCAGAUCCGUUAUAGUGGGGGAGGGCGCUCUUGUUUUAUUUCCUUGCAAAUUUAAGCAUACCCAUAUAAAUUUGUGUAGGAAUCCGUUUUGGAAUAGUUAAGGAGCCUAGAUUGAUAAGGCCAUAAUCUGUUUUUAGCAUUUAUUUAUAAAAUAAUGAAGAAUGUAUAGUCCUACAUGUAUUCCUCAGUCAUGUUUGGUUAGACACUAAUGAAAAAUUAGCAUUAGGUAUCGCCUUGAUUUUCCUUUUGGAUGAAAUUAUUCAAUCAACCAUCAGCUCAAUCAAGGUGAAUUGAAUGCCAGAGAUUCCACACGCUCUCAAAUCAUCCAGUCCUCUCCUCAAUUGAUGAAGACCUGGUUACGUUGAUAUCCGUUUAAAAAAGUGCUACAAACGACUGCCUCAUUGUAAUAUAUUUGUAGAGAAGCUUCUGGAACCCACUCUGGUCAGGAGCAUCAUGCAGUAGCUCUAGUUGGGUAGUUAGGAUGAGAGGAUGAGAUAGAUCAUAUCACUUAGUCAUUUUCCCGGCUAAUAGGCUUCUUUACGGUCCUUGCCGUGGGCCCCUGAUGUCAUACAGUGCUCAGAAGCCAGCUAGCAUUCCAACAAAUGAUUCCUCUUUGAAGGAAUUCUUUUUAUUUAUGAAUGGUAGCAUUGUCAACAUCCUCCCCUAACUCAUUAGCAACCCUAGAGGGCUCACGUUAUGAUUUAUAGAGCAGCGAUGCAGGCAUGCCUAACAGCAGAUUGAUAUAUCGCCUUUAUCUAAAUUACCCUUUGUAUGAGUAUGCUGUGGAACUAAAGUAUUUUAAAAGUGACUUUUAAAAUGUGCCCUUGAGAGGUAAAGUGGGCUAUCCCACAAAAACAAAGUUUUGAUAAAAACUUUUUUUUCAAAAAAUCAGUGUGCCUAUACCCUACAAUUGAUAUAUAUCAUAGGUAGCACAGAUCCUGGUAUAUUAAAAAGAUAGAUAGACCCUCAAUAAUUAAUAUUGGACACUAAACUCAUUUUUGACUGACAUGUGGGAUAGCCCACCUCUCAAGGGCACAAAUAAUUAAUAAACCAUGUGAAAUGGAGUCAGAAUUGACCUGGGUUUACCCUGCAUUUUUGCAAGUCCCUGUUUGUUGCCAUUAAUUUAUGCAAUAUACAGCAAGAUUGUAAGUAAUAUGGAGCACUGCGCUGUGCCAUAUGUCUUCCAACAUUUUUUUUUAUGUUUCAUUAUUUAAAUGUGUUUUGGUUGUAUUAUGGAGUGUUUAAAACCUUUCUUAGAUUUACACCAUAUACUGUAACCAUUUUGUGCAAAACCAAAUGUUUCAUUCUUGUUUUCUGCAUUUGGAAUCUUUGUUUUGUAAUAUUAAACUAACGUUUACAUGGUA